AGUUCAGCAAGCUAGCUCUAGUUAGCUACAAAAUAAAUAGCCAGUAGAAAUGGCUCCUAAAAGAAAAGGACCUUUGCAAACUGUGCAAAGAGAGGCAGAUGAAAUCAAAAGACAGGUUGACAGUCUGGUGAAGGAUGUUCGGCAGGGGAAUGGACAAGAGAGUACGCAGGCACCUCAGAGGUGCAAACAGUUACAAAGUACCUUGGAGGAUACAAUGAAGACACUAAAUAAGUUAACUAAAGCUGAUGAGCCAGCCCCGGUCGGGAACUAUGACCAGAGGAAACAGGAGGAGGAGAGGCGUCUGCUGGGCUUAGCGGAGAAGCUGAAGGCCCUAUCCCUGGAAGUCUCUCCAGCUCUGAGACUAGGCCUAGAAGCAAGUGUGGCUGGUCCUACCAAAGCCGAUGACGAUAGCGAGGAAGAGGAGGAGAGCGAGGAAGAUGAUGAUGAUGAUGAGGAUUACGAUGAGUCUGAGGAAGACAUUCCAGAGCCAGGAGAUGAUAUGUACAUCUCCAUUAGUGCUUUGAAGGGGCAGCAGGAAGGAGACCUUACCAUUACAGAGGGAGAGAUCCUAAAGGUCCUAAAGAAGAAUGAGAAUGGAUGGUGGUUAGCUCAAAACUCUCAGUCCAAACAGGGACUGGUUCCCAAGACCUACUUACAGAAGUACUCUGAUGUGGAUGAUGAGGAUGACGAAGAGGACUCAGAGGAUGAAGAGCUUAGUGAAGCCAAAGGAAAUCUGAGCAGUGAUCCCCAAUCUAACUGGACCACAGUGAGAAAGGCCAUCACUCAGAUUGACACUACUGAUGUGCUGUCAGCCAUGGGGGCUAUCCCUGCAGGGUUCCGACCAUCCACUCUCUCUAAACUACUAGAUGAAAGUAUUGCAUACAGAGCAGGCCACUACAUCCAACCUGAGCUCAGCCAAUCCAAACUGUCUUUUAAAGACCUCUUCCUGGAUCCGGACACAGGAAAGGUGCGUGCCAGGGAGGUGAGGGCAUCCGUGAGCGUGACCUUGUGGAGCUGCAAGAUGAUCCCAACCCCAGGGGUCGGCGUUAACGUCUUGAGUCGUCAUGUACGCUUCUGCGUCUUCAGUGGAGUCCAGGUGCUGAGUAACAUCCACACUGUCAGGGCAACGUACAACUCCAAACACCCCAAGACCUGGACCUUCUCCCCAAAGAUGACAGGGCCUUUGGCCAGCCUCCUGGAUGGGGAAUGUUUCCUGCGCUGCAACUCUGACUCUGCUGAGCUGGGCAUCCUGUUUGAGCUGGGGGUCACCUUCAUACGCAACUCUACAGGGGAGAGAGGAAACCUGAGCUGUGGCUGGGCCUUCUUGAAGCUGUUUGAUGCCAGCGGAGCCCUUAUUCCCCCCAGGACAUAUGAGCUGACAGUAAACGGAGGGACCCCUUAUGAGAGGGUAGCAGUGGAUCCGUCUGUAGCACUGGAAGCCAGGGGAAGUCUACUCCAGCAGAUGCUGCAGGCUAGGAAACAUCCCAAACUCACUGUCAAAUUAAAGUCACCAAAGGGUCGCACCAGGGCUCAACUGAGUGUUCUUCCUGACACCCUGGUGGGGCCUCUGAGCGGGGUACACCUGCUGGCCAUGCACAGACAACUGCUAGCUGAAACUCUGCUGAUGGACCGGGCUAGUAUGCAGAAUGCAGAUGUGAUUUGCAGUCCGCUGCUGGCUACCUUCUCUGAGGUCGUCGACCAGCCCGACCUGCUGGAUGCACUCAGGACCUCGUGGCUAGACGCUGAGCGGGAUAUGACCAGAGCCGACAAGAGAGACCUGCAAAAGUUGAAGAGGACGUUUGUGAAGGUGUACAUGGACACGGUGUACCAUCUCCUCUACUCAGCUGGCCUGCCUGACCCUCGCUGGGGGGACGACCAGGUGGAGGACCAGCGGGCGCGCCUCAUCUACGCCUGCCUGCAUCUGCACCAAGGAUCCAACCAGUCCCCCUCCGAAGGCCACUCCGGUCCCCAGGCCUUUGACAUCGCUGAGCUGAGCUACGACUUCUUACAUAUGGCCCGCUAGCGCCAUGAUUGUACAAAUAUUUAUUGUAGAUCACUGUCUUUCACUGUUUAAUUUUUUUACCCUUUUUGCCAAAAAAGCACCAUAUUAAAUAAUUGGUUGAUA